AUGGUCGACUGGAGGUACAUGUUGUUGCCAUUGGCCGCAGUGCAUGAGCUAAUGCAGCCACAACCUUGGACAUCAAGCGAGCUGAACUUGAGGAGAGCGCGGACCGAUGCAUCAACACACACUUUCGACCGCAUCUCGUCCACCACGAACGCCGUUGUAUCCCUGAAGAAGUUCCAUGUGUGGGAGAUGUCACUCGCAGCGCUUGUCGCCAAGGUCGCAGUGCUUGAGCCGGCUCUUAAGCGCUUCAAAACGCGAUUCGAAUCAGAUGACCUCCCUACGAGUGGCGACAUCCACGGCUUUCUGGACUCCAUAGAGAAUGUACCUGAUCUAGAUGUAUUGUCAUCUCAACACUUCUCGGAUCUCUACUUCAUGUUCCAAAACUUGGAAUCUUCCACGUUGGGCGGCAGACCAUUCAUGCGCAAGCGAUUCACCAAGUAUCAGAAGAGACUGCGAAAUCUACUUGAUCUCAGUAUCCUUCAGCAUAUGCCUCCAGAGGAAUACUUUACGUACGAUAUUCGUCACGGGAAAGGGCGGAGCAGGCCAUAUAACGUCCGACGCGAGGAACCUGUUAGUUCGUUGACUGAGAUUACGCAGUCCUGGGACAUUACAAAAUCGCCCGAAGGACUGACAUGGAUUCACGUACCAUCUACCAACGCUCUAAUUGUAGCCGUGCGAGACGACUUCGUGGAUUCUUUCACCAUGCGCUUCCACUUGUCGCACGUGGCUCCUGGCGACCCUCUUUUGACGUAUCGAGAGGUGCAGUAUUGGUCGGACGCCACGGAUGGAAUCGCAUUGAAUGUAAUCGUUGUAUGGGCAUACUCCUCUGAUUGUACCGUCCAUUUAGACCGUACCCUGGAUGAGGCUUACUUCCCAGGUCUUUCUGCGAGCGACUUGGCAGUGAGAAACGCAGAUCAAAUCGUUUCUGGCAAAUACAGCACUAGUGAAAGCUGGCCCAAGGACAAUGUACCUAUUGUGAUCGUCCCACAGCUCUGGCUUUGGAGGAUCGGAAAUGUGAUUGUGUCCGCUCAUAACACCACGCAACAGUCUGGCAAUCUGCGCCAUAUCGUUUGGCGCGACAAAGGGUCAGGGCCUGCGAGAUACGCGCCCAUCGUCGACCAGAUGGACGCUGACUUGCAAAUGGGAUUAAUUAUGACCGACUUCAUCUACGCAUUCGGCCAAGAGACAACCCUCAACGACGGCUCCAAAGUACCACCAACUCUCGAUUUAUUCGAGAGCCGCGUAGUAUCGCUAUUGUCUGAAGUCAAGACUUAUAUUCGAGAUACUAAGCGCAACGCCAUCGACUACGACACUGAAGAACGGUUUUACCACGUCCUCUCCGAUUGCCGAAGUGAGCUCGCAAUGCUCCAACAUGUGUUGGAGCAACAAGACGAGAUACUGAACAGCCUCCUUGAAGAUUGUUGUCAUCCGCAACCGUUUGCAUCAAACCAGCCAAACUCAACGUCUAUGACCCCUUCUCAAACUCCAGCCUCAGGCUCACCACUUAGCCACAUCGAACCUGUACCCGAUUGGACGCCCGUGAGGAAAGGCCAAGUCAUACUGGAGCGCUACCAGAAGCGAAUCCGAAAGAUCGAUGGAGACGCAGAGCGCAUCGAGAAGAACGUCCAAGACUUAUUGAAUCUAAAGCGCACAUAUGCCAGCGUGCAAGACUCGCACGCGAGCGUGCUACUCAGCAUUGCAGCUAUCGGCUUCGCUGUUGUAACUAUCAUCUUCGCACCUCUAGCAUUCUUGACCGCGCUGUUUGCUUUGGACAUGCAAGGUUUCGAUAGGCUUCGCGUACAUGUUACUAGUGAGAAUGAGCCUGGAGGUUUGAGCGGCGCAGGAGGAAAGCAAGAUUUGGCGGCUAAUGUAGUCACUAACAAAGAUGCCGUAUAUGAUAGUAGAAAAAUGGCCGGCGUCUUCAUCAGCACAGAGAUCUUGACGAUUCUAGUGACCUGCUUGUUGGUGUGGGCGUCUCUGCGAUGGUUUGGCAUCGAAUUUGGAGACUUUCGUAUUGGACAAGAUGCGAAACAUCAGUCUGAGAGCAGCACGGCUCAGGGAAGCGAUACAGCAUUAGACAAGAAUACUGUUAAAGGCAGCAGAGAUCAACGGAAGGGCGGCUCGUUUUGGAAAAGAACAGAAUCAAGAGGAUCGGAUAAGCAUGCAGAUCUGGCGUAA